ACUUGAGUAGAAUGAUCCUUUUGUACGAGGAAAACACAACUUAUUUCAACAUACCUUACUUGGAUACAUUCGAGUGGAAAAAUGUAAUUUGCAUCAUAUUAUGUAAUACGUACUUUUAGAGUGUAGUAUAUACCUAAAUGAGUGAGAAUUUGAUAAAGAAUAAAAUUACAAUUAUUUCCAUUUCUACUCGUAGUUGAUAAAGGUAUAAAGAUACAACUAUAAGGUGAUACUUUCGUGCUUUGGAAACAAAAUGAAAAUAUUGUUGUUUUAUGUUUGGUUUCACUUUUGUUGGAGCUGUUUUGCGAAAUUGGACACAGAAUGGUGGGAGCAUACAAUAAUUUACGAAAUUAUUCCGCAUACGUUCAAAGACAGCGAUGGAGAUGGAGUUGGUGACUUCAAAGGAAUCACAUCGAAACUUGAUCACUUCGUUGACUUGGGCAUAGAAACGAUCCAUCUGACACCUAUGUAUGAAACUACAGCACUGGAUAUGGGAUAUGACAUAACAGAUUACUACAAUGUUGAUCAUAGACUUGGCACAAUCAGUGAUUUGGAAGAACUUAUCCGGGAGAUGAAUAAAAGAAAUAUGAAGUUGAUACUAGAUUUGGUAAUCAAUCAUAGUAGUCAUAAACACAAAUGGUUCCAAAAAUCCAUCGAUCGAAUUGAUCCGUAUACUGAUUUUUAUGUUUGGAAAGAUUCCAAAGGCUUUGAUAAUGUAACUAACCAAGAAAUACCUCCAAAUAAGUGGAUCAGUGUUUUCCUACAAGAACCUGGUGCGGCUUGGACAUGGAAUGAAAAACGAAAACAAUUUUAUUUGCAUAACUUUUUGCCAGAGCAGCCAGAUUUAAACUUGAGGAAUGAAAAUCUGAAGGAAAUAUUAUGGAAAAUGAUCGAAUUUUGGCUGGAUAAAGGUGUAAGUGGGUUCAGACUAGACGCUACUCCUUGGUACAUUGAAGAUGAAGAAUUUAGAGAUGAUGAUUUAAACUUGCGACAAUGCAAUCAACCGGAAACAUUUGAAUUUAUACAUGAAUUUCGGACGUAUUUGGAUAAAUAUAAUGAGAAGCGUGGGGGUUUUGAAAGAAUCUUCAUUGCGGAAGCACAUGUUUGGGGUGAGAUUUUAACACAAUAUUAUGGCAGAAAAAAUUAUUCAGUCACACAUUUUCCUUACUCGUUUUUGUUGAGAUACAUCAACUGGCCCAUAAAUGCAAAAACUUUGCAAUUUUAUUUAAAUUUUUGGAUGUCGUUUCUACCAGAAGGAAAAACAGCAGCUUGGAUGACUCAAGAUCACGAUGGUUCGAGAGUAGGAUCACGAAUUUGUCCAGAAUUCGCUGAUAUUUUCACAAUAGUAUCGAUGAUGCUGCCCGGAACAGUAGGAGUUUAUUAUGGACAAGAGAUUGCCAUGAUGAAUGGAUUCGCUACAGAAGAUCAAUUCCAUGAUUUCUCAGGUGGAGGUACCAGGGAUCCUACAAGACUUACAAUGCAGUGGGAUGAUACAAUAAAUGCUGGAUUUUCAACAAACGUAUCGACAUAUUCACCUGUAAAUUCUGAUUACUUUCAAAGAAAUGUUGCAGUGCAAAAAGAACAAUCAGUUAGCCACUACAAUUUGUUCAAGGAUUUAGCCACGUUGAGAAAAACAAACAUUUUUAAAUUUGGGAAAUUUAAAAAUGCCAAUUUUGGAAAUAUUUAUAGUUUGACAAGAUCAUACAAAGGCAACGUGCUUACAGUUGUAGUCAAUUUCGAAAUUACUGCUUCCUCUAGAGUGAAUUUAACGGAAAUAUUGCAAAACCGUCCUGAUGAGAUUACAGUAGUUGCAGCUUCUGUGAAUUCUGAAUAUGUAAAAGGAUUUAAUAUAGAAUUUAAACAGAGUGAAGAAUUCUACAUGAGACCAUUAUCAAGUGUGGUUUUGAAGACAGAUCUGCCUUACAGUGAAAAUGAAGAUGUCAUGCUUCAAAAUAUUUAGUACCUACUUACCUAGCUUACUUGAGAUGAAUUUAUAUUGUAGUGUGGAUCAACUGAUCAAGAGUUGAUAAAUGAACUUCGUUUUUAACUGAACGAUCAGAACUGGAAAAAUUAAAAUUCGUGUUGACUA